AUGAUCACAUAUGCAACAGGUGGGGGCUUGUUGUUGCUCACAUUCACCGGUAACUCGGAUCCAGAUCUGGCGUUAGAUCAAAGCAUCUGCGAUAUUUCUUACGGUAUGAACUAUGAAACUGGAACAAUGACUCUCCCCAUGAGAGUCAUUGAGGAAGCCAUUCGAUCUGUCCGAGAGAAAGGGGGAAAGCAUUUUGCACCAGAACGUAUAUCGGGCGUUUUACCCGAGUUGAGCGGUCUCAACCUUGAAGAUGUCAAUACUGAUUCCUCAUCCGAAGAUGACCCUGUCAAAGUCAUACAUCCUAAAGGCGCAAAACCACGCAUAAGUCGCUCAUCUUUACUGCACGACAAUCCGACCCAAGACAGCGUGCGGAUUACAGCCGAGCCCUGUACCCAUCUAGGCUCCAAGGCCAAUCAUUCUUGCAUCGCCGUUCGCUACCAGCGAAGUAUACGUGUCGGACGGCCACAGAUAUCUGGGAAACUCCAAGAUGAGAAUCUGCCGAGCCAUGAUUGGUUUCAUGCAAUAAGCAGGGAGUCAUACACUUACAGAGGCUCCUCUGGUGUUGCUGAGACAUGCCACGAUAAAGACUAUCGGAACUACUACGCGAUAUCAAGUAGCCGGUUGCAUUCCGCAGCCUCAGAAGUCGAACUAUCAAGACAAAUUACGCCAGGGAUAAUGACACCGGCAGAUAUGCGAUUAGGCAGUACAUUCCGGUAG